GGUUUGAACUGGCCAAUGGGCGAGCUGCCGACCGGGUGUCGGAAAAGGAGGCGGAAGCGGGGAGGAGCCGCCGCGGGAGCCGGACUGCAUCCACCGCGGCGUCUCCAUGGCACGACCCUGGCUUCCGACUUCAACGACUUCAUAAGGCGAAGGUUCUGGGCGCAGCCGUGCCGCUCUUGGUUUCCAUCGUGUGGGAAGAACGGAGUAACGAGUCUCACACAGAAAAAGGUCUUGAGAACACCUUGUGGCGCACCCAGUGUAACUGUGACGAAAUCUCAUAAGCGCGGAAUGAAAGGGGACACUGUGAAUGUACGGCGGAGUGUCCGGGUGAAAACCAAGGUACCUUGGAUGCCCCCUGGAAAAUCAUCUGCCCGGCAUGUGGGAUGCAAGUGGGAGAAUCCACCUCACUGUCUGGAGAUCACACCACCAUCUUCAGAAAAACUGGUCUCGGUAAUGCGAUUAAGUGACCUCUCUACAGAAGACGACGAUUCAGGUCACUGUAAAAUGAACCGUUACGAUAAGAAGAUUGACAGUCUAAUGAACGCGGUCGGUUGUCUCAAAUCUGAGGUCAAGAUGCAGAAAGGCGAACGUCAAAUGGCCAAAAGGUUCCUGGAGGAGCGGAAGGAGGAGCUGGAGGAGGUGGCUCAUGAGCUGGCAGAGACAGAGCAUGAGAACACGGUGCUCAGACACAACAUCGAGCGCAUCAAGGAGGAGAAGGACUUUACCAUGCUUCAGAAGAAACAUCUUCAGCAGGAGAAGGAGUGCCUCAUGUCCAAAUUGGUGGAGGCUGAAAUGGAUGGAGCAGCUGCCGCCAAGCAAGUCAUGGCCUUGAAGGAUACCAUCGGGAAGCUGAAAACCGAGAAACAGAUGACUUGCACUGACAUCAACACCUUAACGAGGCAGAAGGAACUUCUCCUGCAGAAACUGAGCACCUUUGAAGAAACCAACCGCACCCUCCGAGAUCUGCUGAGGGAACAGCACUCCAAAGAGGAUUCUGAGAGACUAAUGGAGCAACAAGGUGCAUUGCUGAAACGUCUGGCAGAGGCGGACUCAGAAAAAGCGCGCCUGCUGUUACUGCUGCAAGACAAGGACAAGGAGGUAGAAGAGCUUCUCCAGGAGAUACAAUGUGAAAAGGCUCAAGCAAAGACAGCAUCUGAGCUCUCCAAGUCCAUGGAGUCCAUGCGUGGGCAUCUACAGGCGCAGCUCCGGUGCAAAGAGGCCGAGAACAGUCGUCUGUGCAUGCAGAUCAAGAACUUGGAGCGCAGUGGGAACCAGCACAAGGCGGAAGUGGAAGCCAUCAUGGAGCAGCUGAAGGAACUGAAGCAAAAGGGAGACCGAGACAAAGAGACCCUGAAGAAGGCCAUCCGAGCCCAGAAGGAGCGAGCUGAGAAGAGUGAGGAAUAUGCCGAGCAGUUACAUGUGCAGCUUGCCGACAAGGACCUUUAUGUUGCUGAAGCUUUAUCUACUCUGGAGUCAUGGAGGAGCCGCUACAACCAGGUUGUGAAAGACAAAGGAGACCUUGAGUUGGAAAUUAUCGUCUUGAACGAUCGGGUGACAGACCUUGUAAACCAACAACAAAGCUUGGAGGAGAAGAUGCGGGAAGACCGGGACAGCCUGGUGGAGAGACUGCAUCGUCAGACCGCCGAGUAUUCUGCAUUCAAGCUGGAGAACGAGAGGCUCAAGGCAAGCUUUGCUCCUAUGGAGGACAAGCUCAACCAGGCUCACCUGGAGGUCCAGCAGCUGAAGGCGUCGGUGAAGAACUACGAAGGGAUGAUCGACAACUAUAAGAGCCAGGUGAUGAAAACCAGAUUGGAGGCUGAUGAAGUGGCUGCCCAGCUAGAGCGCUGUGAUAAAGAGAACAAGAUCCUUAAAGAUGAGAUGAACAAAGAAAUUGAGGCGGCCCGCCGGCAGUUCCAGUCGCAGUUGGCUGACCUGCAACAACUGCCUGACAUCCUCAAGAUCACAGAGGCCAAGUUGGCCGAGUGCCAAGACCAGCUGCAGGGCUACGAGAGGAAGAAUAUCGACCUCACAGCCAUCAUUUCAGACCUGCGCAGCCGGAUCGAACACCAGGGGGACAAGCUGGAGAUGGCGAGAGAGAAACAGCAGGCUUCCCAGAAGGAAAAUAAACAACUGAGUCUGAAGGUGGAUGAACUGGAGAGGAAAUUGGAGGCCACCAGCGCCCAGAAUGUCGAGUUCCUACAGGUGAUUGCCAAGAGGGAAGAGGCAAUCCACCAGGCUCAGUUGCGGCUGGAGGAGAAAACGCGGGAGUGCGGGUCCUUGGCAAGGCAGCUGGAGAGUGCCAUUGAAGAUGCCAGGCGGCAGGUGGAGCAAACCAAGGAGCAGGCACUCUCCAAGGAGCGAACAGCCCAGAGCAAAAUCCUGGACCUUGAGACCCAGCUGAGCAGGACCAAGACAGAACUUGGUCAGCUGCGGAGGACUCGUGAUGAUGCUGAUCGUCGGUACCAGAGCCGGCUACAGGAUCUGAAAGACCGCUUGGAGCAGUCUGAGAGCACCAACCGCAGCAUGCAGAAUUAUGUCCAAUUCCUCAAGUCCUCCUAUGCCAAUGUAUUUGGGGAUGGCCCUUAUACAUCCUCUUACCUGACAAGCUCACCCAUCCGCUCCCGGUCUCCCCCUGCCUGAGGUCACCUGUCCAGGGUCUAAAGCCCUUGCCUGAUGCCAGGAACUGAGGAGUUGGCAUCCUGUAGCUGUCAAGCCCACUGGCUUUCUCUUCUAGUAAUCAAAUGUGCUCAGGGACUGGUCCUCCACUCCUGAUCCCAGGAAGCCCCCAGAGCAGCUGGAGAUGAAUCAGGAGGAAUUUGAAGUGGCCUUCACAGGUCUUAUAUUUGCUACAUUAGGUACCAGAUUUUUAGAUCCUUGUGAUUUUGCAGAGUCUGCUUCCUUUCCUCGAGGGAUGCAGGAUGGACUUUACCUGCAGUCUUCCAGCCCUCACCUUUCCAUGCAUCCGUGUUGUGGGUUUCUCUGAGCUGAAGUAGUAGGAGUCAUCCUUGGACUGUGAGACAUUUAUUUUAUUUUUACUAAAAGUAAAACUUUAUUUGUAUCAAGAAAUAGUGAAAGCAGAUAAAUUAGUAACUGAGUCUCUGGAGCAUAAAAGUAAAAUGGAGGCAGAAGGGUGUAACAUUUUCUCCUGGACUGAUUAAUGGUCACAGCUCCCUUUGCUCCUUUGGAAUCUGUAGCUACAAAUGUCAUGAAAUAGAGUAGUCACAGCUAGAGCAGUGAACUAUGAAUUGUUUCAGCACAAAGCUCACAGUGGCAAGCUUGCUCAUAUCAAUGUAUUUAGUAUUCAUGGUGCUGUUGACACUUCAAUUUGAAAAAACAACUUUAAUUCACCACCUAUUAAUGGCAAGGAAAAUAAGCGGUGCUUCAGGGAUUUUUGUGUCAUUCUUGAGCAGAGGCCAUGCUGGUCUUCUCUGCAUUGUUCUAAUUUUACUAUAUGUCUGCUGAAGUGAGCACUGCUUUUCCUUCUUGAUGGAGAGGGCAUAAAUUGCUGUUUUCUGUAGUGCCCAUGGAAACCUCCCAUGUCUGCAUUUCCUAGAGCCAACUUGUCCCCGACCACUUCACAGAAGCUAACGUCCAUCUGGCUUCAAAGUAUAAUUCCUGUCUCAUUGCUUUUCUUUUCUCUUUGUAUCUCUUGAAUUCACUUAUUUUUGAAAUUUUUGUGUGAUUUUACUGGAAAUAAAGUUUUACAAUCGGUUAUUUAAAA